GUUGAUGAGAUGUUUGGGGGGGAAAUAUCAAGUGCUGUAUGUUACAAAAGAAUGUGGCCACACAACGAUGGUUUAUGAACCAUUUCUUGAUCUUUCUCUUCCGGUUCCAGUGAAGAAACCUCUGGCCAAAAAGGUCCAACCAGUCUCUCAGGCAAAGAAGAUAAAAGUGCCACCUAAGAGUAGUGGAAAGACGAUUCCUAAAACUGACAAGACAUCAGAUGUUGUACCAGUUCAAUUUGCCUCUUCCAUCAUCUAAUAAUGAGCUUUCCCUUGCAUCAGAGGCCAUCACCAGUAGCACAACUACCAUUAUGGAGAAGACUUUAAGUUCUCUGAAUGUCUCAUAUGUUAAAGAGCCUGAAAAAGAAGUUUUGAUUGAGAAGGGAGGAAAAUGUGCUUCAGUUAAUUUGACGUUCCUUGGACCAGAACUGACAGCCAAAAAUGGUGAUAUUUCCCUACUCAGGAUUCUAAAAAUAAUGAAUCCUGGCCUAGCAUAUUCUUCAGGUUGUAAUAACACCAGCAAUCAAGAUAAAUCCAUGUGUUAUCUUUCCAACGAUGAUCCUGAAAGCAGUGAACUUGCAAAAACUAAUAUUGAGCCCUUGAGUUCACAAAUAUCUGCCGAGAACCGAUCAGAGAGGUGAGGAUUGUGAGAUGAAUUCUGAUUCAACAAUUGUGAAUGUGAAAAGAGAUGCAACAAAGAGGUUUCUCAUUCACAGGGCCCCUCCUAUCUUGACAAUUCAUAUAAAGAGGUUCAGUCCUAAUGUUCGGGUCAUUAUAGUAAAUUGGAUGGCCACAUCAGAUUCAAGGAAACAAUUGAUCUUAAACCAUACAUGAUACUAGGUGUGCAGAUAGGGACAAGUGUAAUUAUCGGUUCAUCAGAGUCAUGGAGCAA